AUGGAUGGCGUGAUAAGGAAUGACACGAGAGUAACUCUGCCAAAUAUCAAUACGGACGUAAACACAAGUACUGUGCACUGCAAGCAAUGCGAGAACACGUUUAUGAAUGAAAACGACUACAACGAGCACAAUACAAAGAAACUAUGCAUAAGGAAGUUCACUUGCGGCGUCUGCGAUGUCAGCUUCAAACGACGGGACCACUUGAAGCGGCACACGCUGAGUGUGCACUCCAACGUCAAUUAUUACACCUGCCCGAUAUGCUCAGAGAACUGUCUGCGGAAGGAUUCACUCAAGAAACACAUAAACUUAUAUCACUACGGAGAACCGAAGACGUUCAGCUGUCGCGAGUGCAGCUACGAGUGCAAGACGUUAGACGAUUUGGAUAUUCACAAAAGCACACAUCUAUUAUCAGAAUGGCAUUACUGCCAACAUUGUAAAAUGCCGUUCAAACGCAGGGAUCACAUGCUGAGGCACAUCAAGACGCAGCAUUCAAACAUGUCUGCCGAGUGUCCGUUGUGCAAGCAAGUGUUUAAACGGACAGAUCACGUUUCGAGACACAUCCGUGAAAAACACAGACACGACAUACUCAAUGCACAGUAA